AUGGAAACACGGAAACACAAUUCACUAGCGAGCUUUUUGAAAAUUAGCUCAGAUACUUACUGGACGACUUUUUUAACUCGCCCUAUUCCGAUUUGUGACCAGAUUGAAGCAUACCUAUACAUCCGUAGUAGUAAAUACGAUGUGAAGACACUCAGUCUUCGAAUUCGCGCAAGAGCUUUAUUUACCGCAAACGCAUUUUGUUUUUUGUGGCGUUCGGAUCACAUAAGGUAUAUAUUGAAGUCUCCAAAGAUGACAAUGCGGCUGUGAUGAACAAAUAAUAGUACAAAAUAAAAGUUCAGUUGAAGUGGCCGUAAAUCUAUAACAUGCAAAUAGUCCAUAGUCAGUAUUCGUGAAAUUACUGCAUUACCACAAAAUAAAACGUCAUUCAAAG